AUGGCUCCAGCAGCAACAGCCAGCGCAUCGCUCCCGCCUCUCUCCGCUCUUCUGAACCCCGAUAGCCGCCCUCAGCGCCCCCGCAACUCCGCUUCGACAGGUAGCUCUUCCCCCGGCUCGCCGCGCACCCCGCUUGACGUCGACAUGUCCUUCGAGUUCGACGUCAAAUCGCAGCACUCUCAGCGCCGGCAACCCCCGCCCCCGCUUGCACUCGACCGGCCCGACGGCCGGCCGAGCAUGGAACGCCGCUCUAUCUCUUCCCUCCUCAAUGGCGGCAGCAGCCGUCAGUCUCCGACAGAGAAGGACCACCCGAGCACUGGUGCCACACCGGCUUCCCAUCCUCUGCCUAUUACUCCUCACCACGAGUACCCCGCUCCUCCGCCCCACUACCAUGCUCACUCUCAUUCUGGUGAGAUGCGAUCGGGGUUCUACCCUCCGCCUGCGCCCCGCGACCAUCGCCCCAUUACGGCUCCCAUCGCGCCUCCUCCGCCAGGAUACUACAAGGGCGGCCUUGACCGACGACACAGCUACCAGCCCGGCCCUCCUCCGUCUGACUACUUCUCCCCUCCUCAGCAUAGCCCUCCAGGCCCUCCCACUCACACAGGCCACCCUUACCCGCCGCCGCCGCUUCACGGUCCUGCACCGUUCUACGAAGCAUCGCAUGCAAUUCCUUUCGAGACCGGGGCGCGUGCUCCGAUCUCGCGUACGACAAAGGCGUGCAACGGCUGUCGCGAGCGCAAGGUCAGGUGUGACGCUGGUGGCCAGCCUGGAGGAGGUGGAGUGUGCUCCCGAUGCCGCGAAUCCGGCCGUGAGUGCAAGUACAGCGCAACGCAGAAAAAGCGUGGUCCAAUGCCAGGACGUGCCGGUCGCGCGCGCAGGACUUCGCUAGAGGACGGCCUGCUCAGGCAGCAGCCUCCGGGUUGGGGUGAGUAUCCCCGCUACCCAUACCCGCCUCGUUCGCCGAGGCACGAGCCGUACCCGCUGCACUCGGCGCAUGCGCCGCCCCCUCCCCCGCCCCCACCAGAGUAUUAUGGCCCUCGCAGCCCGCGCUCGGCACCCAUUGAGUGGUGGCGCCAGGAAUGGCAAGACCGUGAUCCUCGCGAGCCGCCCAUGCACCGUGAUCCGCGAGAGAUGGAGUCUCCUCGAGGACGCAGGCCGGAACUUUACGACCCCCGCGAGCGCGACCCCAGGGAUACUCGUCCUAUCGACCCGCGCGUCGAUCCUCGCGCUGUUGACCACCGGGAUCCUCGGGCCGUCGACCCUCGUGCUGUCGACCCUCGGGAUCCGAGGACGGUGGACCCGCGCUGCGUCGACCCCCGUGACCCGCGAGCCAUUGACCCUCGCGAUCCUCGUGCGAUGGACCCCCGUGAUCCCCGUGCUGACCCCCGCGCGGACCCGAGGCUGUCGCCUCGUGCGCGCCUCUCGCCUCGCUCUGUGCGUCUUUCGCCUCGCGAGCUGCCGUACUACUCGCCUCGAGUGUCGCCCCGUAUCGACCUCCGCCCCGAGCUCCGCGACCCGCGUGACCCCCGCGAAGUUCCACGAGACCCACGCGACCCUCGCGAGAUGCCGAUGCCGCCUCCGCCCCACCCCCACGGCCCGCCUCACGCCGGCCCGCCUCCCCCUCCUCAUCACGAGCGGGAUCAGCGCUGGGACAUGCGUCCUCACCCCGCAGCCCAGUGGCCGUGGCGCGGCGAAGUCGAGGGCAGGCGAUAG